AUGCUGUCUCAGUUCAUGACCAAGGGCAGCCGUGCCCUCUCCACAUCCCCCGUACUGGCUUCUACGGCCACCGGUUACCCGUACAGCGUUCCACGCAAUUCGAGGGGUUCUUUACCCGUCUACACAGACAUUCGGAACGCAGGUACACGCCACCAGACACUCAUUCGGAACAUCGAUGGAGAUCCAAAUGCCCUAGCAAAAGACCUCACAAAGGCACUCUUUUCCGACUUGGCCCAUGUUCGUGUUCAAGUCACACAUCACAGACACAUCGUCCUCACUGGCGGCCGCUUCAAACACAAAAUCGUCGAUUGGUUGAAGGCAAAAGGUUUCUAG